AACCGUGACGCUCGACCCUGCUCUUCGUUGCCGUCCACCACGCCUCUUCUUCCUCCCGUCCACCAUCAUCUAUCAUCUUUUUCCUUCUCUUUCGUCCACCCCAUCCCCUUUGCUUGCCGACCUGCCUCUUUGCUGCUGGGUGGCACUGCCCGUUUGUCUCUACGACCCUUUCUUAUGCCCACAGGCGCCAUUCAUGGCGACUACGAACCUCUUGACCGAUGUGACGGCUGAUUUUCCCUUUGACUGGCCCGAAAUCGGGACCAGCUCCUCAGGCACAGACUCUUCUCUCGAGCUCGCGCCACCCUCCAAUCCUUCGCGCACUCCCGGGCAAUUAUUUCCCGGAUUUUACUCAACGAACAGCUUCCCCGUCGCCUCCUUUCAACACCAUCAGUUUCUUCCCGCACCACAAGAACCUAAUUCGUACCUCUUCACGCCCCUUGAUAUCAGUGCAGCCCCCUAUUCCUAUCCCCCUCCGCCUGGGCCUCCCUACUCGCGCCGUUCUUUGCAGGAGGAGUUGAAUAGCGAUCUGCCCCUCGAGCCCAGCGCUAAUAUUCAAUCCGCUUAUUCACAACGCGUCUCCUAUGCACAGGACGACGACAGUCCAUCCAUGAUCGUGCCGCCGUCCGCUUCCGUGCUAUCGCCGCUGUCGCCCUCUUCAGCAUCCUCCUUGCCUGACUCUACUCGUACCAGACUCUCCCCUGUCAGUGUACGCUCGUCGAACGAGCUGCCCGGCACUGGUACUCUCCGGUUUGAUCCCAGUUCGCAGCCACCGAGUCCCCAGGCCGCUCUACCCGAAGGGUCACCCGCUUUGACUGUCGAGGAUAGCAUCGUUACCUUUGAUUCCUCCCAGAACGGCUCGAAGCGCCCAAAGCCUGCUCAGACUCCUGAGAUAGAUCCCCAUGCUGCUGGUUUUCUCAAAUCACAGCUUGGCGAUGAAAAAUGGGGUAUCUUCUCUGCCCGUCUGUACGAACGUCGCCUGGGUCGUGCACAAAAUCAGCCACGCUCGCGAGCCAAGAAGGCUGCGGUCGAGGAAAAUGACGUCGCCGCAAACGGAGGCGGCGCCUCAGCCAUUGACUAUCUUGUCAAAGUCGAGGUUGUGAAAGAAGUACUUCGAACAUACGUUCCCCACCCGUAUAAUCCUUUCAAAUCUCUCUCGCAUCCGUAUCCUGAUUCCCCGACAGGAUAUGUUACUCUCACCCGUUCCACCAUCCUUUCACUCUCCGGAUGGUCAAACACGCAGUUGAGUUACUGGAUCCGUCGGUGCGAAGCUCUUUCAAUGUUCUCCGAAGAAGAACCUCGCCUCAAGGCCGUCGCCCAGGCCCUUCAUCGUCGCCUUCGCCCGUCCGGUUCAGCAUCGACAGCCUUCUCCGACCUGAGCACCCUACACACAUUCUCCUCGCCUGACUCCCCCGUGUCCCCAAUCACAUCACCCCUUUCCCCUACGAGCUCACGCGCCAUACGUUCCUGCCCUUCCCUGCGACCCCAUCCUGACUUCCCAGACCCCGCCAUAACUGGCAAAGGUCUCGAUCAACUCAUUGACGCUGUGAAGAAACGGACGGGCAAGUCGCCGUUCUUACGUGGAAGGCACGCUAGUCUUGAUCCGUUCGGACUGCCCGGAAGUGGGUACGGUGCGGAUAGCAAUCAUGACAACAUGGACGGAAGGUCUCCCGCUGGAACCGAGGUCAGCUUCCAAGCGAAGCUUCACUUCGAUGACGGUUUCGACGGAGUAGGCGAGUCAGAGGUCAGCGGGGCAGGAGGUAAGAGGAAACGGAGAUCCAGUGCGGCUGAUGGUGGCAUGCUCGGAAUCUUCCCGGCCGGAGGGAUGUUCAUGGGCGAUGAUAUCGGAUAUGACUUCGAUGGUGAUGCCGAUGCUGAAGGGGAGACGGAUGAUGGGGUAGAUGGUGCUUUCGAUAUGCCCUUCCUAGAUGGUGUAGGUGGACGGCCCCCAUUCAUGAUGUCUUCCGCCAGGGCGUCGAUCGACCCCUUGUCCAUGGGCAACACCGAUUCAGAUACACCCUGCCACGUUGGGGGUUUUUACUCCCUCUCUGAUUCACGCUCGCAACCUGACCGCAGGCCACGCAAACGCGCGAACAUGGGCAGUUUUUGAGCCCUCGAAGCGUCACACCCACGCUGCUAGUCUUCUUCGCCCCUUUCGGGUUGUAUUUGUACUACUUGCACGUUCUCUUGAUCCGUUUUCUUUUCUUGGGUCUUAUGAUGGGUUAAAAGUGUGUGCCCUUGCCUACACUCUUUCGCAAUCAUUUUGGACUGUAUUGCUCUCACUCCCAUCCACCCUCCCCUUCCCCUGCCCUCGACCCUAUCUCCACCCCCCUCCGCCAGUGUAUAUCACCAUUCACGUUACAGUUCGAUGUCUUGAUACAUCUCGUGCACUUACAACCAUGCCUUCCCUUCGACCUUCGACGUAAAUUAAUCUUUUUCUGCUCUGUCUUGUACUUGUACCACCACCAUCCACCACCACCCCGAACUCGUCUCAGCUUUGCCACAUCUUGUGUUGUGUAUGUACAGUAUCCUUUGUACUCAUCUUGUCUCCCAUUCCUCUGCAUCUUUCCUCUCCGUUUUGCAAUCG